CUCUACCCUCCCUCGGCACACUCAGUCCUUCUCUUGAACCGGAGAGAGAAGAACUAUUUAUUUUCUUUUUUUUUCAGUGCUCAUCUGGAGACAAAAUUUCAGUUGAGAAUUUAAAGAAGAUUUUAAAAGCCAAUGAUGGACUUAGAUCCUCGACAAUAUGAUAACGUAGCUAUCGAUGAUGGUGAUGUUCGUAGCGUUGUUCUAUCAUACCUUGUACAUAAUUGCUUUAAAGAGACUGCAGAUUCAUUUGUUGCUACUACUGGUGUAAAGGUCCCUGACAAUUAUCCUGUGGGCAUGGAUAAAAGAAAACCUAUAUAUCAUUUUGCACUGGAGGGUAAUGCUCUAAAGGCCAUAGAGCUUACAGAACAGCUGUCACCUAACUUACUAGAAGAAAAUAUGGACUUGCAUUUCGAUCUCUUGAGCCUUCAUUUCGUUGAGCUUGUCUGCACUAGGAAGUGCUCAGAAGCUUUGGAAUUUGCUCAGAGCAAGUUGACCCCGUUUGGGAGGGUCAACAAAUAUGUUGAAAAGCUUGAAGACUUUAUGGCUUUAUUAGCUUAUGAAGAGCCAGAGAAUUCUCCUAUGUUUCACUUGCUAAGCUCGGAAUACAGACAGCAUGUUGCAGAAUCUCUGAAUGGAGCAAUUCUUGCGCAUUCCAACAUGCCCAGCUAUUCAGCACUGCAAAGGCUGCUACAGCAAACCACAGUAGUUAGACAAAGUUUACAUCAAGAAUCUAAUAAGGACGAGCAUGCACCGUUUUCUUUGAAGGCUUUCCUUAAGAGUUAAAUCCGAGCACACGCAAGAUUCAGGCUUUGCUGCCGAAUGGUUGAUGUCUUUGUUUGAUCCCUGCAUCUGAUUAUUUAUUCAUGGUUAUAACAGUUAGCUCGGAUUGCUCUAAAACUGAAAAACCUGGGUGGAAAAUAGUCUGAAGAAUGCACUUGUAAAAAAACUAGAUGAGCAUUUUCUGUAAUAGGGUUCUUAUUUUUCAGUUUGUCGUAUAUAACUUUUGAUUCGAGUGGUAUAACAAAAUGAGGUCUUGUUCACCAAUUCUCCACACACUAGGCUUUCACUCAAGCAUUUGCUAGUGUUGACGUUC